CGCCGGAUCCUGAGUACAGAGCUAGCCUGCCGGGUGGGGGGGGGCAACAAGAGGGGAUUGGGGAUGUCGGUGAACAUGGAGGAGCUGCGGCAUCAAGUCAUGAUCAACCAGUUUGUGCUCGCUGCCGGGUGUGCGGCGGAUCAGGCCAAGCAGCUCCUGCAGGCGGCGCAUUGGCAGUUUGAGACUGCUCUCAGCACUUUUUUUCAAGAAUCAAACGUCCCGAGUGCACAGCAUCAUCCACACAUGAUGUGUACGCCAAGUAACACCCCAGCCACUCCACCUAAUUUUCCUGAUGCUCUGGCCAUGUUCUCAAAGCUGCGCACCUCAGAGAGUCUGCAAAACAGUAGCAGCCCGGCUGCUUCAAACGCCUGCUCACCUCCUGGCAACUUCAACCCUUAUUGGGCCUCCUCUCCACCCAACCAGCAGCCACCCUGGUUACCCCCAGCCUCUCCUACUACACACCUCCAUCAUCACCACCAUCCGCAACCUAUGUGGCCACCUUCUUCCCAGCCUGCAGGGGGCCCUCAAAAAGCCAUGACUGCCAUAGAUGGGCAGAGAUAAGACUGGGCAUGUGCGCAGCAAGGGAGGCUGGCAUUCAUGCUGCCCCCUUUUCUUCGCCACUCACCCUCCUGGAUUUUCUGAACUGACUUGUUUCCUUUUUCACUGUAUUUUGUUUUAUUUUAUAAACAAGAUGAUCUGAUUUUUCUUCAGUAGAUGGAGAAAAGAGGGAAGUUGGGCAGACAAUUGAGUGUCCUCUCCCCGUCUCUUUUUUAAUAUAUAAGUAUAAUAUAUAUAUAUAAAUAUAUGAAUUUAUGUAAAGUGCGGGGAGAACCUGCUUGUGUUUGGCGAUCAACACCCAAAGGGGGUCAUUAAUACUCUUUUAUGAAUGGGGAUGCACUUCUCUUCCUUUUAUUGUCAAUGAGAUGUGUAAAAUAAACGAAUGGAGAUUUUACUGUUAAGAGCAGAAAAUGGCAUCAUGGGCUCUCACUGGCAGGAUUAAAGGUUGGCAUUAAUUAUCCCUCUGAAGAGAGCAAGCAGCUGGGAUCAUGGAGGACUUAUACAUGACAUCAGAAGGUUCAUGCCUGCAUCACCAACAUUCGGUGAACACCAUGGGAUUUUGGCUAAGUUGGAUUGGGAGAGUUUGUAAGGAUAGGUGGGGCUGGAUCAACUGGUUUGACAGUAACUUUGUCCAGGAUGGUCAGUGCUUUGACACUUCCACCUUACCGUGUGGUUCUAAUCAUGUAUUGACUGCUUUAAUGUGGCUUUUUAUGUUGGCACAAAGGGAAUGUGUGUCAAGCUGUAGCAAGGGAGGAGCACGUCAGUCCAUAUAUGGGCAUGGAAGACAUUACAGAACCCUGUAUUAAUAAAACUAGGCUGCUUCCUCAGUAACAUCUGAGGAGUAUUUUAAUAUAGCAGUGGUCCCUUCAAUCCUUGUUGUUUUUUUCUGGCAGAAAAGCCUGCAAUAAGCUUUUCCGCUAUUUGGUAGCAAAAGCAUUAUCAUCUGUUACCCAACACAAUAAAUUAUACCCCAUCUACUGGCCUUGUGGAUUAGCAGCAACUGUUCUACAUAAUUCCCAGUGGGACACGUACGUACUUAGAUGUAAAAAGGGGCCAGAUACUGUGCAAAUACUCAUCUUCCACUUACCAUACAUUCCCAGUCUCCUAUCUUCUUUCACAGAAUGAAAAACACUCAUUAUAGAAACAAAAUAAAUUUACAUGGGAGUAGACUAAUCUUUUAGUCUCACCGCUCCAGAUCAGUUUUUCUGCCACUGAUUAAUCUCAAACCCUGUUUGAUCCUCUUUGGUAUAGUUUAAUAAGGUUUUGGCCUUAGGCCAUGGGACUCUACAAUUAAAGGGACAGUAUACUAUAAAAUAGUUUUUCCCUUAAUGUGUUCCCAAUUACUUUUUUACCAGCUGCAGUGUAAAAUGUAUGAGAUUUGCUUUUUUAAGGCUUAUUUGUGUACAUUAAAGGGACACUGAACCCAAAGUUUUUCUUUUGUGAUUCAGAUAGAGCAGUGAUUUUUAACGUUUUUUUUUUUUUGCUGUGGCACACUUUUUUUACAUUAAAAAAUCCUGUGGCACACCACCAUCCCAAAAUCUAAAAAAAAUCACACAUUGUAGCCUAAUACAGCAUAUAUAUAUAUAUACACACACACACAUACACACAAACAUACACAUACUGUAUUUAUUGUGCUGUUAUGCCAUGCCUCCUACAAACUACCCCUGCACUGGGAGUAAAAAACAAGCAAAGUUUAAAAAAUAUGUCACACUGUUGUCAGUCUGCCGUGGCACACCUGAGGAUCUCUCACGGCACACUGGUUGAAAAACACUGAGAUAGAGCAUGCAAUUUUAAGCAACUUUCUAAUUUACUCCUAUUAUCAAUUUUUCUUCAUUCACUUGCUAUCUUUAUUUGAAAAAGAAGGCCUCUAAGCUUCUUUUUUGGUUCAGCACUCUGGACAGCACUUUAUUAGUGGAUUAAUUUAUCCACCAAUCAGCAAGAAUAACCCAGGUUAUUCACCAAAAAUGGGCCGGCAUCUAAACUUACAUUCUUGCAUUUCAAAUAAAGAUACCAAGAGAAUGAAGAAAAUUUGCUAAUAGGAGUAAAUUAGAAAGUUACUUAAAAUUGCAUGCUCUAUCUGGAUCACAAAAGAAAAAAAUUGGGUUUAGUGUCUCUUUAAUUAGCAGAUUUUGUGUUUUAAAGCCAAAACCUAAUAAAAUGGGUUGAGCUUGUAGAUAUAAUCAGAUCUCGUUACAUUAUCACAUUGUGUACAUAUCAACUGCUUCUUUAUCUUAUAUCUGUCCAUAAACCAAUCACCAAUACUUGGAGAGAACAAUGGAAAAUUACCUUAUCUCUUCUAUAACCCACUGGGGGUGUAAUUUCUUCUGCUGCCCAAAAACUUUCAGAAUAGGUGUGGAUACCACAGGCUAAGUCUAUUUCAAAUUCCAAUAUAAGGGUAAUGGAAAUACUUGUAAACAAUUUAAUACACUCCAGCAGGUAAAGUGGAUCAUUGGGAACAAAUUAAAGGGGAGAAAAUAUUUUAGUAAACUGCCCCUUUAAGGUUGUCAGUAAAGCUUGUGUGUGCGUGAUAUAAAAUAAAAUCAUGUUCUUGAUUUAAUUAACUUGAACCUUAAAGUGAAUGUAAAUUUUGAUGAAUGGGUGCCCGGUUUUUAAUAAUCCUACUAAAAACGGGCACUUUCAUUCAUCAAAAUUUAAAUUUCACUGCUUUUUUAAAAAUACUUACCUUUUCUUUUUGCAAACCGCUCCAGCGCUUGCCGAAGUUGGAAAUAACGAUUCCGGCCUUCCACCAAUCAUGGCAUUGCUUUAGGCAAUGAUUCCCCGGGGGGGGAAGCAGUGAUUGGAGGAUGCCGGAAUUGUCAUUCCUGACGUAAGAAGAGGCUUGCGAUGGGCUGGAGAAGCGCAGGAGCGGCUUGCAGAAAGAAAAGGAGUAUUUGAACAAAAGCAGUGUAAUUUAAGGUUUGAUGAAUGAAAGUGCCCCUGUUUUUAAUAGGAUUAUUAAAAACCGGGCACUCAUUCCUCAAACUUUACAUUCACUUUUAAUGAUGAAAAGGUAGUUCUAGGAAUUUUAACGGCAGUCGGACAUUUUACAUGGAUUUCAGCAAAUCAGUUUGUGUGCUGAGUAAAUGUAAUACCCCUUUAUAAUAGUUUUUUAAUUGGUAUUGCCUCUAACUCUGCUGAUAGUGCCGUAACGUAACCAUUAAAGGGACAUUAAAUAAAUGCUAGAUAGAAUGAUGUAAAGUUUCAUUAGCUGUUUAAAUAUUGACAAAAUAAGUAUAAAGUUUUAGUAUCUAUAAAACAAAGGGAGCUGUCAUGUUGUAACUUAGGUUGUUACCUUCUCUCUGCUGUGGCCAAUUAGGGACAGUUAUAAAUAGGUCACUAGAGUAUGCAGCCAAUGGCCGUGUGGAAUAUAACAGUGUUCUGCACCUCCAUUUCUAACGGGAUUUAAAAAGCUCCCAAUUUAAGGAUGGAAUACAGGAAAAUGGGGCAAAAUAAAUAUAUUGCAGACUUUUUUAUUUAUAUAUGAUUUAUCAUUUUAUAUUACCUUCUCUAAGUGUUUAAUGUCCCUUUAAUGGUAGUUGGUUAUUUAUUGUAUGCCAUUAAAGCGCUUGCAUUUCCCACAAAAAUUCUGUAAUCUUAAAUCAUGGUCUCCUCUUUACAGUGUGUUUUUUUUUUUUUUUUUAAAUUUAUUGUUCAACUCCUGAUCCUGUCCUAAAUAAAACAGCGUUUUGUUUUUUUGUCACUUGCAGAGGCAUGUCCCUACCCAAAAAGAUAAAGCUGAGGUUCUUGUCCUUAUUAACCAGUGAGGAUAAGCAUGAAGUACAAAAGGCGAUACUGCAGUAUUUGUUUCAGGUUUAAAUUUAGUUUUGUUUUUUUUUUUUAGCCUGUAAAAAAAGUAGUUUAAAUGCUGCACGUUCAUAUGCUUGAUAGAACUUUGUAGUAUACAGUCCUUUUGAGUGGUUGACUGAAUAGGUUGGUGUUCUGUUUCAAUUUUUUUACAAUUACUAAAGAAUUCUGCUAUUAACAAAUAAAAGCAACUAGGUCUGUUGUGCAGCUGACAUUGUGUUGCACACAGUUUUAUUCAGGGACAGGGCAGUAAUUGCGUCCUCGCUGAACAACUUAUAAAAUAUUACCUAUUCAUUGGCCGCUAUUCCCAUCUGCAUGUCGAGUCUGCACCUUACACUCCUUCAACUUAAAGGCACAGUAAAGUCAAAAUUAAACAUUCAUCAUUCAGUGAGAGCAUUCAGUUUACUUUCCAAUUUAUUUCCAUUGUCUUAUUUGCUUCAUUCUCUUGGUAUCCUUUGUUGAAGGAGCAGCAAUGCACUAGUGGGAGCUAGCUGAAUAAAUCGUGAGCCAAUGAUGAGGCAUAUAUGUGCUGCUACCAAUAAGCAGCUAGCUCCCAGUAGUGCAUUACUGCUCUUCCUCCUUCCUAGGUAUGCCUUUCAACAAAGGAUACAGAAAGAAUGAAGCAACUUGUAUAACAGAAGUGAACUCUAACAUUGCAUGCUCUAUCUGAAUGUACCUUUUAAUAAUAUACUAUUCUGCUCCAGUCACUGGUCUGUGCCAUAUAAUACAGGCAGAUGAGAGAUUUGAAACAUUUCAAAACCCGCAGCGUAAAGCUGUGUUUGCGUAAUCAGGAAAUACUAAGACUUAGCAAGGGGGCUACAUUCUGCAGUAAAAUAGGUUAUUUACAAAUCUAACUAAGGCACAGCUUGGAGUCCUUUGAGGGAACGUGAAUGUUUGAAAGACAUAAAAUAUAUAUAAUAUAAUAUAGUAAAUGGUUUUGAACCAGCAGUUGGUGCUGUCUGGUUAAAGGGUUUGCAACGUCUAGUUUCCUGUUAUGGGAUUAAUAAAAAUAUGUUGUGAAAGUCUAGCACAGGAGAUUUGAGGAAGUGCUUCUUAUAGGGAGGUCAUGGAAUAGCUAACCCCCCCCCCCCCCCAAUAUGAUUCAUUGAUUACAGUAACUUAAGGAGGAAUACUGAAUGUGAAACGAUUUAGAGGAUCAAACACGGGAUUCUGGGCUUCAAGAGGCAGAUUAACUCAUUGAGUGUUUAGAGAUGGCUGCAGUACAUUUUGUUACCAUCCUCUCUGGCAACAAAGCGGAGUUAGCAAGUGGCUCUGAUCUAUUCCCAGAUUUGAUUACUUUAAUUGGAAUCUGAUAAUUAAAAAUAUCUUUGCUGAUGCAGAAGGGUUAUUUCUGCUUGUCCUUUUUGAUGUGCCUCAACUGACUGCUAGUGUAAUACCCAUAAUCCCCUGUGGGGGUUUUGUUCCUUCAAAGUUCCACACAAGUUAACCAUUGCCUAUCUGCGAAAAAAAAAAAACUAGGCCCAAGCUGAAAGCUAGUGUGCACUAUAGUGCAACUGGUGCUAAAGUAAUAUUUUAUAUGUUGUGUAUUCAAAUGGACCAUUACACCUGGAGCGUACAUUGUGCAUCAGUAUGAAAUUGUUUUCCAAGUUUUAGAAUCUUAAUUGUCCUCAGGAGGUUUAAUCUAUGGAGCUGGGAUAGUUAAUUCACAAAAUAGACCUUAUAAAGUGUUAAUAUUUGUUAACUUACCUUAUUGUAUGCAUCAUAUAUUAUUGCAGAUGCAACAUGCAGUUGUUUAACACUGCUCCACUGGCAGUGAAAGGGUCAGAACAUGGGUACUUUUUAACCCCUUUGCAGUAAAUUGCAAAUUCCUCAUACUGCUAUAGGGAUUAUCUGAUUGUACCGAUAGGUGAACAAUCUGUACCCCAAUGGUGGUUAUUGUGACAGAAUCAUGUUUUUAACAGGGGAUCUGAAAAGUUUUUAAUUUAAAGAGAAAAUAAAAAACUUUUUUUUUUAA